AUGAUUAUUCCUGUGCGCUGCUUCUCUUGUGGCAAGGUGGUGGGUGACCUUUGGGAAUCAUACAUCAAGCUACUUGAGGAUGGAGAGGAGCACGGAGACGCCAUGGACCACCUCGGCCUCAAGAGAUACUGUUGCCGCCGCAUGGUCAUGACCCACGUCGAUUUGAUUGAGAAGCUCUUGAAAUAUAACCCUGCGGAGCGCGACACUCGCAAAGCUGCGUUCGAUAAUUAG